CAGGGACAAGAAUGCAAGCAAAAUACUUGUUGUGGAAAAUCUGAAAUCUGGUUUAUUAUUGGUAAUGCGGUCAGUACUAUUCGAUCGGUAGAUGCGAAGAGAACGGUAUUAUUUUCGGUGCCAGUACGCCAGUACUUACAUACGUAUUAUCGGUUUUUUAAGUGAAAAUCCGUGAGGAUUAUUUUUUUGAAGAGAAAGGAUUGUAGCUUUGAAGGAAAUACCUAUAUAGACAAACAACCAUGACGUACGUUGAAGAGCCACCGUUCAAACCCCCAUCCCCAACACCCCCAACUACCCCAAUAACCCCAAUUACAACCAACAGACCCCUUUUCCCUAAAGCCCAACCGAAACUUCUCAAAUCUACAGCUGAUAUUGUCCUAUUCCUUCUGGUAUCAGCUUACUAUAUUUUAAAAGCGAUUUACAAGUUUUGCUUACCGGCUAAAUAUCGAGAGUUGAAGGCGCUUGAUGGAGAAAUCGCUUUGGUUACUGGAGGAGGUUCGGGAUUAGGGAGGUUGCUGGCUUUGAGGUUGGGAAAGUUACGAGUCAAAGUGGUCCUGUGGGAUGUGAAUGUUGAAGGAAUCGAAGAAACUAUACAACUGGUCAAAGGCAUCGGCGGCGAAGCUUAUGGGUACAAAUGCGAUUUGUCCAAUAGGGAAGAUGUUUACAAAGUUGCUAAACAAACAAGGAAAGAAAUAGGAGAUGUUACUCUUUUGAUCAACAACGCAGGAGUUGUUUCAGGGGCCCUAUUACUCGAUACUCCGGAUCAUUUGAUCAAGAGGACUUUUGAUGUCAAUAUUGUGGCGCAUUUUUGGACUGUAAAAGCUUUCCUACCAACCAUGAUCCAAAACCAGCACGGGCACAUCGUAACAGUAGCUUCCAUGGCAGGCCAUGUAGGUAUAAACAAACUGGUAGACUAUUGCUCAUCCAAAUUCGCAGCUGUAGGAUUUGAUGAAGCUUUACGAGUAGAACUGGAGGCUCAAGGUGUUAAAGGAGUGAUGACCACAGCUGUUUGUCCCUAUUUUAUAUCGUCAACUGGCAUGUUUGAUUCAGUUGAAUCAAGGUUUUUGCCUCGGCUGAAUUCAAAUGACGUUGCUGACAGGAUAAUCGAUGGUAUUCGAGGCAAUGAGACUAUGGUGCUGAUUCCUGGCGCUAUGAGACUAGGACUUAUUAUGAAAUCGCUUAUUCCUUGGACAGUUCUGUCACUGUUUCUUAGAGGUUUAGUGCCAGAUGCUGCUCCACAUCAAGAGCCAGUAGAAACACUACGAAAUGAACCAGAUUCAGAGGAAUUACACAAUAAAGUUAAUAAGUCUUUAGUUUCUCAGUUGACUCAUAGGUUUUCACCUACGGGAAAGAAUUUGUGAUUUUUUUUUUUUAGUGUCACAAUAAUUGCCUUAUUAGUUUUAAGUAUGUAUAGUGUUACAAUAGUUUAGUUUUAAGGUUGAGUGAAUUUUUAAUUUGUCCAUACUCUUCCCAGAUUUACCAGUGAAAUUAUUAUUAUUUUUUCUUUUUAAUGUUAAGUUGAUAUUCUCUUAUUUUGAAGAGCACUUUGUACCUACUUAGAAAAAUUAUAGGUUUAAGGGGAUUGUGCGUUGAGGAAAUGCAACUUUAUUUUAAUAAAAUGUACUUAAUUUAAAACAAUC